AGGAGAUUGACUUCGUGCGACGCACGAUGUGGCUGCGGGUUGCCUGGUAUGACGAAGAGCGGCACUUGGUGCAGCUCGAGACCUGUCCUCCCUUCAGCUGGAGGCACAAGUUCGCUUGGAAGAAUUUGGGUGUCCUCGACAAGCCGCUGACCGCUGCCCACGUGGGCUGGCAGUGCGAGGGCGUGAAUGUCUUGGCCACGGAGGCGGCACGUCUGGGAGAUGUGGCGUUGAUGUCCGCGCUCACCAACAUGGGCGUGCACUACUCGGUGCAGACGCCCAUGACGUGGAGCCCGCUCCUAUGCUGCAUCAUGUACCCCCUUUGGAACGGGACGCGCUUCCUGGUGGAGCACAAGGCGGACAUCAACUACUCCCACGAUUGGCGCAUGUCGAACAACAUCCAGCGGCGCCAGCGCUGGACGCACCCGGAGGCGCUGUCACUUCAGCGUCCGCUGGCGAGCUGCACCCAGCUGCACAGGGUCAUUCUGGGCGGGGCCUUGCUGGAGGCAUACCAAGGCACGCUGGCCAUCGCUGACGACCUGGAUGUGAACCUCGUGCAUGCCCGGAGCGGAAUGUCGCUGCUGAUGUGCGCGGCCGCGGGGGGUCACGUCAGCCUGGCCGAGAAGCUCUUAGCCAAGGGCGCGCUGGUGAACGCUCGCACCUCAGAGAACUGCUGCGCUCUAUCCUUUGCCAUCGACUGCCUCAGCGAUGAGGAGGAGAGCCUCAAGAUGAUGCGGGUACUCUUGGAUGCCCGAGCCAACGUGCACGUGAAGUGCGGCGUGACCUACGACUACACCUGGGGCUCCUUGUUAGUGGGCCAGGGCAACCCCUUGGGCUGCGGGUGCUGCCUCCUGGGCCACGCCAAGAAGCUGGACCUGCUGGAGGAGCACGGCUAUGACCUGCAAGUCAGCAACGACAUGAAUGUGAGUUUGCUCUUCUUUGCUGGCCUCUACUCUACUGUCCAGCAAGACUCCUGGGAGUUGUGCGACCGCCUGGCGAGCCAAGGCCUAUCCUGGACGGCUCAGAUGGCUGGGAAGGAUGGGUCCACCUACGACAAGGGCUUCGGCAUCAUGACCAUUGGCAGCACAUUGAUCGACCGCCACGGCAAAGGCAGUGACCAGCGGAUGCUGCUCUGUCAGGUGAUCACCACCAUCCCCCAGGUGAAGUACUUGCUGAAAGCAGGUUGCAACGUCAAUGACUGUGGCACCAGCCUCGAUAAGCAGAACAUUCCCUGGGUGUGGACGAUGAUCACGUGCUCGCCUGAGACCGUGGUCGGAGACACCACUCUGCUAGAUAUCUGUAAAGAGGCCGGCUUUGUCUACAGCAAGGUGGCGAUGGCCUAUUACUACCCCCUGAUUCUGGACCUAAAGAUCGACACUCUCAUGAUCGCCUCCCUCAUCAGCUGCGACUCUCAGGUCGUCUUGUAUUUCAUGAAGGUUCAGGCGGAGGAGACCAAGUGCCCCUUGAACGUGGAGCCCAAGUGGGGCAAGGACGCGCUGUUCCAAGCCAAGCACGCUGGGAACAAGGUGUUUGUGGACACGUACGACGAUUGGCUGCGGGCCCGGAUGAAGCAGUACCAGGACAGCAAGGGGAAGAAGUGAGAGGAUCGCCCGGUCCGUUUUUCGCGGCCAAGAAACGCCGACUCUGGAG